AUGGCCGAGGCAGUCAUUCAGGCGGACAAGUUGCCCAUAAAGUGCCCAAUAUGUCUUGACACGUACACUCAACCCCGUACCCUGCCGUGUUUGCACACGUUCUGUACGACGUGUCUUCAGGCCCACAUAAGCAACGUCCACUUGAUGUCACACUAUUCCCUGUCCUUCCCGUGUCCUGUAUGCAGGAAUGAAACUCGACCGCCAAUGCCAUUCAGACGAGAGGAGACUUUUGCAGAACUUUUUCCGAUGAAUCACCUGGUGGUAUCAUUGAUCGAUGACGCAGUCAUGAAGAACCUCGAUGACGUCACUUUCUGUACCCAACACCCGGACUGCAGAGUGAGCAUGUUCUGUCGAGACCACAAAGAAGUUUGUUGCCCAACAUGUGUAGCCAAGGCGCACAGAAAAUGUGACGACGUAACAGAAAUAGAAUCAAUCUUGGAAGAAUUUGACCUCGACAAAGAACAAGAGUCGAUUAUUCAGCACAUAAGCGAUCUGGAAAACCUUGCAACCGAUCAUGAAGCUAAGUGUGCAAUCACGGCGAGCAAGCUAGAGAUGGAAAUAGAUAAGGUGAAAAGGAAAUUACAAAAUGAAAAGGAAAAGUUAUUAGACCACAUUGAAGACUUGGAAGAAAAGGCGUGUGCAGAUGUCGAUGAAAAAUCAAAAAGUCUCAAAGAAACGAUAGCGAGAGAGAAAGAUCUAUUGCUAAAAGCAGGGUUUCCUCUUGAUAUUAGAAUUCCCACCCAAAGCAACCCACCCACUACCAGACCCACACCCACGACAUAA